UUCACGCGACGGAGCGGAAGGACGGCUGUUUGGUGUGCCAUGGAGGAAGUACAGGAGCUCUGUUUUAUGACCAGUGACACAACCCUUAAAAGAGAAGACUAUCUGGAAUGGCCAGAUUAUUUCAUGGCUGUAGCUUUUUUGUCAGCACAAAGGAGCAAAGACCCUAGCUCCCAGGUUGGUGCAUGUAUCGUGAAUCAGGAGAAUAAAAUAGUUGGAAUUGGGUACAAUGGGAUGCCCAAUGGCUGUAACGAUGACCUGUUGCCCUGGUCGAGGUCUGCUGAUGAUCGACUCAACACCAAGUACCCUUACGUUUGUCACGCAGAACUGAAUGCCAUCAUGAACAAGAACAGUGCUGAUGUGAAAGGAUGCAGCAUGUACGUGGCUUUGUUCCCCUGUAACGAGUGUGCCAAGCUCAUCAUCCAGGCAGGUUUGAAGGAAGUGGUGUAUCUGUCUGACAAGUACCACGAUACUCCUGAGAUGAUUGCUUCAAGGAGGCUGCUCUGCAUGGCAGGAAUACAAUUCAGGCAGUUCAAGCCCAAGAGGACAAAGAUCGUCAUUGAUUUUAAUUCCAUUAACGACCCCGGAAUCAUGGACAACACAACCAAGUAAAAAACAUCACUACUAGAGCCUGCGGCAUUAAGCAGAGGACAGUGGAACAACUUAGAGAUCCAAGCUGCUCAUUUAAUUGUG